GAUCUACUAGAAACAGUAAACGCCUUCCAGAAUAAUAAAACUUUUUAUGCAUCAUGCAUAAUCUCAUUGCACUAACGGGCAUUCAAGUCCGGAACUUAAAUAGGCCGCCUGCAGACAACAGCUUUGUCUGAACGAGAUGCAGAAAAAUAUGCAGAUGCUGAAGUCAAAGACCUUAUUAGAACAUAAGUUUUCACUCAGAAUGAAAAGAAAAUAUAUGAUUUUUUUGUUUAUUAGAGCAAUUAUUAUUUUAUCAUUUAUAUCAUUUAUAGGCUUUACAUAUUAUACAUAUGGCCUUGGUAAUAAAAUUAUACUAGAAGAAACUAUUGUUGGUAAAAAAGACUACCUUGAUAUUGUAGAAUAUCAUAAUUUAUCAGAAAAGUUUCAUGCUAUUAGAGAAGAAAUAAGAAAUUUAAAGCAAGAAAUACAUGCAUCUAUUGUGCCUCAACAUAAAAUUAAGACUUUUCAAACUUAUAUCUAUCAAAAUAAAACAGGUCAAAACUUGAGUCAGGAAGAAAUAACUCCAUUGGUCAUCAGUUCCAAUGUACACAUUUUUUAUUACCCCUGGUACAAAAGUGAAAUCUUUGAUGGAAGAUAUGGUCAUUGGAAUCACAGAAUGCUUCCCAAUUGGAAAGUGAAGUAUGAGCGUGUACAGCCACCACAUAAGCCACCUGAUGAUAUUGGCUCCAAUUUUUAUCCAAAACUUGGUCCUUACAGCUCAUCAGACCCAAAGGUGUUAAAUAAACACAUGGAGCAGAUCAAGUACUCUGGUGCAGGUGUCCUUGCAGUCUCAUGGUAUCCUCCAAACUUAGAACUUGAAAAUGAAGAGCCAGUGGAUAACAUCAUGUUGAAAAUCUUGGAUUCCGCUCAAAAUAAAAGUCUGCAAGUUACUUUUCAUAUUGAGCCUUUCAAAAACAGAAGUGGGGAAAAUAUUGUGAAAGUCAUAAAAUACAUCAUUGACACAUAUGGUAGCCAUAAAGCAUUCUAUCGCACAUUAUACAAUGGGAAGUUACUGCCCUUGUAUUACUUGUAUGACUCCUAUCAGAUUUCUUCCUUUGAAUGGAGCAAGGCACUUUCUCAUGAAGGUCAGUUUUCUUUGAGAAAUUCAAAAUAUGAUGGCAUCUUUUUGGGACUGCUUGCACGCCAAGAUCACAUGAAUCAUCUUGCAGCCUCUAACUUUGAUGGUUUCUACACCUACUUUGCUAUAGAUGGCUUUGAAUAUGGAUCAACAUUUAGAAAUUGGGCCCUCAUCUCUGCUGAAGCCAAAAAAUUAAAGUUAAUUUUUAUUCCCAGCAUUGGCCCUGGUUAUGUUGAUACUAGAAUCCGUCCAUGGAAUGAUAGAAAUACAAGGAAGAGAUCCAAUGGUCAGUAUUAUAGAGCAGCAUUCCUUGCUGCCCUAGAGGUCAAGCCAAAGUUCUUGUCCAUUACAUCUUUCAAUGAGUGGCACGAGGGAACACAAAUUGAACCUGCAGUGCCAAAAACGUUUGGGAAUUACAGAUAUGAAGAUUAUCUCCCCAGGUCAGAGGACUUCUAUUUAAGACUGACACAAUCUUUUGUUAAAGAAUUUAUCCAACAAUUAAAUAAUAGCAGGCAAAUCGGAUGAAAACAAAAUAUGUUCAUGACUUUAUGUAUUAAUGUUGUUGUCUUUUGUGGAAUAAUAAAAGUAAAAAAAAAUCAAAA